GACCCCGUCUGUGUUCACUUCCGGUUACAGAUUCAAAACGUGUGGGGACUGUCAUUCUGUAGCAAUAGAGCCCUAAUGGAAGACUCAACCCUGGAUUAUAACAGCCAAGAUGUGGAUAGGAAACGCGUAAAGAAAAAGACAAAGAAAAAGGACAGGAUUCAUGCUUUAUCGGGUCCAGAGACUGGCGGCGAGGCAGAAGUGGAGGAAGCCGAAACACGAAAGAGAAAAGAGAAACCCUUUGACGCGCAGGAAAACAAAAUGCAUAGGAAGAAGAAAGAGAAGCAAUUUUUAAUAAAAGAAGAAGAAGAAGAUGGAGAGAAUGAGAGAGAAAAUGUAGAAUGUUUACAAAUUAACAGUGAGGAUGUCAUGAGGAAACCCCAAAAACAUAAGAAAAAGAGAAAAGAGAAACUGGUAGCUGAAGAGGAAAGCGGAGAGAAUCAAAAUGAAGAGAACGACACCGCUGCUGUAGAUCAAUUGGAAAUUAUCAAGGAGGCGGAUGUACAGGAAAGCAAAACCCCCAAGAAAAAGAAGAAAAAUAAAAACCUAGAGGCAGAAGACAGAGAUACGCGUGACGAGCAGGUCUUGGAGCUUGUGACCCCCAGUGAUCAGACAGAUGUCGAGUAUACCCAGGAACAUAAAGCGAGGCGGAGGAAAAGGAAGAAGGGACAUGUCCAAGAAGAGGAGAACGGAGAGCAUCAAAAUGAAGAGAACGACACCGCUGCUGUAGAUCAAUUGGAAAUGAUCAGGGAGGCGGAAGUACAGGGAAGCAAAACCCCCAAGAAAAAGAAGAAAAAGAAAAUCCUGGAGGCAGAAGACAGAGAUACGCGUGACGAGCAGGUCUUGGAGCUUGUGACCCAGAGUGAUCAGACAGAUGUCGAUUAUACCCAGGAACAUAAAGCGAGGCGGAGGAAAAGGAAGAAGGGACAUGUCCAAGAAGAGGAUUCAUCUAUUUCCGAUCCGACGACCUCUUGUAUAGGGGAGACUACUAUCAGCGAGAAUACAGAUUCUGAGGUUUUUGUCUCUUUGAAGAAAAAGAAAAAAAAACGCAUAACUGAUGCCCUCCAAGCGGAUGCCGACUCGGAGAUCCAAUCUGCUUCAAAAUCCCCUGGAAGAAAUGAGCAACUUCAGGACUCGCUACAAGUCAUGGAGACUGGAAGUGACUGUGAACCCCAGCUCGGGGAGAGUCCAAGAAAAAGGAAGAAGAAGAAGAAAAGACAUUCCCAGCACGGUCACGACGAGCAACCAGAGUCAAGUUACGUAGUGACGGAACAUGACAAUUCACAAGUUUCUGCUUCGGAAACCAGACCGGAAUCUCCUGACAAUGAUCCUUCUGUCAAUGUUGUAGAAGCUCAGCUGACAAAGGGGGAUGAUGACGACAGUACGAUUGUUCCAAAGGAAGAAGCUGUUCCGUCCAAGCCAGUCUCUAAGAAGAGAGCACACAAAGCUCUGAUCAAUGUUCGCAAAAGAGAUCUUGGACUUUUAAAGGAGUACUUUCCAAACCUGUCCUCAUUCUCUAAAAAAAGAGUAAAUAACCUGAUUUCUUGUGAACUGGAGAGAGUGAAAGAGGCGAAACAAAGAGGAGUCCUUUUUAACAGAGGCAGGUUCACCGAUGAAGAAAACAAACAACUCACGGAAAACGUGAAAAGCUUCUUGAAGCUCAGUGGGAUAAAGAAUGAAGAAAUGCUAUUUCACAGCUAUCGGUAUCCAGAGAAGAAGAAGAUUAUAGAGGAGAUUAAAAAAAAAUUCAACUUCCGCCUGAGAAUUUCAGAGGGGAUACCUCGGACAGUGGAGGACAUCUGCCACAGGGGCGUCAAGUUGUUUGACUUUUCCGGAAACAAGGGAAGGUUCACCGAUGAAGAGGUGAAGCAGUUAAAGAAGAACUGGAAGAUACACGGGAACAAUUGGAUUGCAGUUGGGGCUUUAAUGGGAAGAAAUAACAUUAAACUCCAGUUAAAGGCCUCACAGCUCAGACGAAAAGUCAAUAAGGGCGCCUGGAGCGUAGAGGAAACCAACCUACUGAUCAGUGCUGUGAAAGAAUAUAUUCUGAGCUUGGAAGAGCAUGCCACAAGCGGAAACGAGUCUGAUAUCAUCAUCCAGAAGCCAAAACUCUACAAAGGCAUCCCGUGGGUUCAAAUCGAAGAAAAGGUCAAAACCCGAAACUGGACACAGUGUAAAACUAAGUGGACGGAAAUUCUCUUUUUGAGAAUGAAUAAUGGGGUUAGCAUGUUUGAAGGGAUUUCAGGUGUGGAGUCACAAAUGAAAAUCAUUCAAUGGCUAUAUGAAAGUGGACCAAAAGAAAGCGGACAAGUAAACUGGGAAGAAUUGGCUGACCAUAUUGGGAAUGUCCCACCAAUGAUCCUUCAAAUCAAAUAUUAUAACUUGAAAACUUCGCAUGUCCCAGACUGGCAGAAAUUGAGUUUUAAAGAAAUUGUGAAUUAUCUGUACACCGAGGUGGUACCAAUGUUUGCAGAAAAGCUAAACGCGAAUCAUGGCAGACAGACAAAACAUGCCGAGGCAUUUGAGAAGAGAGAUGACUAUUCAGUUAGCGAAAUAUUCUUUGAAUAUACUGAUAAAGAGAACGUAGGCUCUGAAAAAGUUAAAAGAAAAAAAUCAACCAAGAAAUUUUAUUCGAUGUGAAGAAAAAUUGACACGGCAUCCACCGUAUUUUCUCCUUUGCUUUUUAACUCUGUCUUU